GUAACCAUCCGCUCAGUCAAGGGAGAGUAGAAAAGAAUUCCGAGGUACUUUUCAGCGGAUGCUGCGUGCCAAAUCCGCGCAUUAUGAGUGUAGUUUAUUACACAUGUUUGACUGAGUAGAUAUUACAUGGAGUAAAUGGAAUUGCAUGACACCGUGUUAUGUUUUCUCCGGAAACACGCCAUUGCGCAUGAAUCCAGUGACAAAAAAUCUCUAUUCCCGCUUGUUAUUGAAGUGUACAAUGUAAUACCAGUGUGUUUAAGGCCAUGCUGCCCACCGCCUAAGUAUAAUACCCUAAUUUAUAUGAAUAUUGUUGUAAAACACGUGUUCUGGAGAAACAUAAGGGCUAUCGAGGAAAUUUCUAUAAACAUUGUAGGACAUACACCAAGCAUCUGAAGGCGGUUCACACGAUUUUUCAGUCGCUGCGUUAUGAAUUAUGUUGUUCCAGUUUGGCACACCGAACAAAAAAGGCAGGGAUAUAGUACAGCCUGAGUCACCGUGUUUGGUACCAACAAAUCGGUGAGUAUCUGGGAUGGAAAAUGCCACCAUUGACGAUGAUACAGACCGAAUGGUAAUGCACAAUAAGCUUUGCUCUCCUAACCAGAUGAGCGGUUCUGUCACAAUGGACUCUUUUCAAGAUGGUGGCCAGCAAAAUAUAAGCAACACUGAAACGAAUUUUUCACCGAUGGAAGGAAUGAAUUCAGAGAUGAAUAACUUUCCGCCAUCCUCUGGUGAUCAUGGUUUAAGCACAGAAAAUUUUAACAGCAUGCACCAUAGCCAGAUGCCAGGUUACAAUUCUUUCAACAGGGGCAACUAUACCCUUGGUGAGCAACAUGGUGGCAUGCCCAUGGCUGGGAGCACAGAUUUUGGGACACCAAUAUCUCAGUAUCAUGGACAGUUCUCCCAAUCCCCGGUAAGACCAGGCUACCCAACAAUGGGUAAACCAGUGAUAAGUCAGUCGCGUCCAGGAAUUGGUCCCCCUGGAAUGGGUAUGAUGUCACCUCCAGGGUACAACCAAAGUUCUCAAAGGAUGAUGUCGGGCCAAACAAUAUCGCAACAAGGAGGGCCCACACCAACGUUAAAUCAGCUCUUACAAACUAAUGCUGUACCUCAGCGAUAUCCGAACAGUUACAAUGAGUUUCCUAGUGGGUCUGUGAAGGGGUCAGAGAUGGGAGGAGGGAACAUGCCUUAUAAUAUGCAACAAAACUGGAAUGCAAACCAGAGAGGGGUUGGUUCCUUUCCACAGGGGUCCAUAUCAAGCAUCUCUGCAUUUAGAAAUCAAAGUGGUUCGGUGCCUGCUGAUAUGAACCAACAGCGGAGACCUGGAGGGGUGGCACCCGGCUACCAGCCCGGACCAACAGCUGGCUCUGGACUGUAUGGAGGACAACACCCGGGUCAGUUUCCUGGAGGUGGGCAGCGCUUUUCAAUGAUGGGCAACCAGUCCGGUAGGCCUCCAGGAAUGGCCGGUCAAGAUUUCUCUCAACAAAUGAUGCAUUCACAAUAUGGUCCUAUGGGUUUCGGCCAGGGCAUGCCUCCAUCAUCACAACCUCAACAACAGGGUUUCAUGUCACAGCAACCUCCAACGCAGCAGCUUCCACACCCUCCAGGGCAGUCGUCGCCGUCGUUGCAGUCCCAGAACCCUGUCCCAACCUCUCCGCUACAAGCGCUCCAGCAACAAGCUGCUCAACUUAGCCAAUCCCCCAUCCCACAGAAUUUAGACCAAGUCAAUGCUCAAUUAGUAGAAAAUCAUAAACAAGCAAGCAAGAAAUCUAUUGAUGAUGAUGAGAAAAUGGAAACUCGUAGCUUAGAUGAAAACUCUGAUUCGAGAGGAACACCUAUCCCAAGUGGACAUCAUCCUUUAACAUCACUUCGACAUAUUCCAUCUCCUUCAGGGUCAACGGGGUCACGGUCAAACACGCCUGCUUCACUCUCAGGAAACCAGGCUGGUAGUCCGAUGCCCCCAAGGCCUCCCUCCAGUCAGCUGGAUGGGCAGGCAUCUCGGAUGAGCCAGUCACCCAUGGCAGCUCAAGGUUUUAACCAACAAAUGAUGCCUCCACCCAUGGGGCCCAACCAGAUGGGGUUGAGCCCUGCUGGAAACAAAAUGGGUGGACACAUGGGUCACUUCAGUCAGUUCAACAACCAGUAUAACCCUGGAGCAGGUAACUUUUCUCGGCAGCAAAAUGUACCUGGCAUGCCAAACUCGUCUAACAUGUCAAACUAUCCAUCUCAGACUAUGUACAACGGACCAAAUCCGAUGUCGCAAAUGGGCUCGAGUUCUGUUUACAACAACAUGCCCAUGGAACGGAACAUGACAAACACAAACUAUAACAAUGCAUAUGGACAGAGUGGUAUGCCCGUGAACAUGAACCCCAUGGGGAUGAACAGCCAUUACAGUGCCUACAGCAAUCACAUGGGCGCAGGAUCCAGUCCGGGCCCAUCAGGGCCGCCGGUUCAGGGGUCCGGUUCGAGCCCGGGGAUGGGCUCCACCAUGGAUACAAACACGCCGACAUCUCCCCAAGGGGCCAUGGCCAUGUCUGCCACAGCUAAAGGUGCACAAGCUGCAGCGCAGGCAGCCAUGAUCGCUGCGGCCAACAGCGCGGCAGGCCGAGCCCAGAGCAUGCGGUCCGUGCCUAACGUGCCGAAUCAGGCCAGGAUGUACGGCAUGCAGGGCAACCACUCGACCAGUCAGAUGGGCCAUAUGAAUCACAUGGGCCCCAUGAACUUCAGUCCACACACUAUGCCAAAUGCGAUGGGCCCAAUGCCUGGUGGAAUGUCGCCAAAUUCCAUGACAAACAGUGGUGGGUUUCCAGCGUCCGGGACUUCUACGAGCAGUAAAAGGAAGUCAAAAAAGAACAGUAGUAGUAAUAGUGGUAACACGGGUGAGAGUGUGGUGACGUCUUUACCAGCUUCCACGGUACCCAGUGAGGGGGGACAGCAAAACAGCUUGCCAAGUAGUAUAUCGAUUGCCAAUACAUGUAGUAGUAGUAGUACUACAAGUAGUAACAGUUCCUCAGUUCUCUCACACGAAGUCCAAGACCCCGCUUCCUCAAGUUCCAAUCCGCUUCCACAUCAGCAGCAAGAACCAUCUCAUUUAGCCAACUCUGAUCACCAGUCUGAAAACACCUCUGCCCCUAUAUCCGAUAACAGUUCCGUGCCGACGCCAGACGUCAACUCUGCCCCAACACCAGACAACAAGAGCUCAGAAUCGGCUAGUGUGAUCAGUAAUUUAUCGGACUCCAGUGAAGGCGCUGGGGACACCGCAGUGCCUGUUUCAAAACCUCCCUGUACGACGGAGGAGACACCUCUUUCGGCACCAAUAGCACGCUCUGAUGGUAAGAUGGAGGAAACGGAGAAUUUAACCCCAGCGACCACCCCCCAGCCCCCGGAGAUGAGUCAAGUGAGUCAGGCGAACUGCGAGGUCCAACCCACUGCUAGUUUCACGUCGGUCGAGGUUUCCCAGCCCAUUACCACGACGGUUAACAGCACCCAGGGUCUGUCGACAACAACUGUGACCCCAAGCAUCACAUCUCCCGUGACGAGUGUAUCGGUGAUGACCAGUGCCCCACAGGUGAUGAACAGCAUGCGCGGCAUGCCACAGAUGCAACCGCAGCAACAGCCGCAACCGCAACAGCAACAGCAACAUCAGAUGCCCAACAUGAACUGUAUUCCAAUGCCAUCCUUUCCAGACGAACCACCAGAGAAAAAGAAAAAGUGCAAUACAAACUUUCUUGAAGGUGACAUACCUGGCAUGAGGGGAGUACCCAUUUUUUCACCUGUUCCGGAUGAGUUUGGCUAUAUUGGUAGUCCUAAUCCCACGGGAGUAUUUAAGUCUGGCGGUGACGUGAUGAAAAUGUUUGAAAUGGGUUCUGAACCGGACCGGCGACCGUUCUUGGAAAAGCUUAUGUACUUUCUGGAAGAAAAGGGAACACCAGUCACAACAAUGCCAGUGAUCAGCAAACAACCCCUUGAUCUUUUUAAACUCUACCUCUGUGUGCGUGAAAAAGGCGGAAUGACUGAGGUUAACAAAGCUAAGAAGUGGAAAGAAAUUUGUGGUGUUGUGAAUAUUGGAUCUUCUGCGAGUGCUGCGUUCACUCUGAAAAAGAACUAUAUCAAGUAUCUGUUUGCAUAUGAAUGCAAGUUUGAUAAAGGUGGAAUUGAUCCACAACCAAUUCUUGCUCAGAUGGAAGCCGCUUUGCAACAGAAGCGAGAACAAAAAAAUAAACGGGCUCCUUCUCCAGCAGGUUCUCAGGGUUCAUCACAAGAUGCAUUCCGGCCACCAAGUGCCCCCAACAACCAGGGAAUGGAUCCGUUCUCUCCGGGAAUGCCACCUCCAUACAUGCAGAACUCCGAGUCGAACAUGGGCCCAAUGGGCGGAGGGAUGAUGGGGCCAAACAACAUGAUGAACCCUAAUGCCAUGAUGCCUUCCCACUCCAACAUGUCCCACCCUGUCAGUAUGGGUGGAGGGCACAACAGUAUGCAAAACAGCAUGAUGGGAGGAGGUAUGCCGCCAAACGGAAUGAUGCCUGGAAGUAUGCCACCGCAGGGUGGCAUGAUGCCGGGCAAUAUGCCACCCAACAGUAUGAUUGGUGGAAACGUGCCUUCUAAUAACAUGAUGGGUGGGAGCAUGAUGAACAAUUCGAUGAUGUCGGGCAACAUGCCGGGCAGCAAACCGAUGAUGUCCGGUAGUGCGUACAACUCUCAACAGAACAAUGCCAUGGGGAACAGUGUGCUAUCAGCCAACAGCAUGAUAGGAAAUAAUACUAUGGUAGCUCCUAGUUCAAGUGCAAUGUCGAUCCCCCCGAGCUCUGUGAGCUCAAUACCUUCGAAUUCUGACAGCAUCAGUGUGCAGGAUCCCUUUGCAGAUGACCUGGCGACGUCUUCAUCCCAGUUUAGUCAGCAGCGGCCCAGCAACAGUUCGCAAGUGCCACAGUUCACAAACAUACAACAGCCCAGCAGCAGUUUCAGUUCUCGGCCAGGUCCGGGACCCAAUAUGCCUUCCUACCCAGGCAUGGCUCAGUCGAACAGUUACAGCGAGUCGAGCAGUCGAAUACCAAACCCCAAUCAGGCGGAACAGUUUAACAGCAGUGAUUCAUCGUCUCCCUCGAUACCUGCAUCAACAUCGUCAUCUCCGUUCCCACCCAGGCAGAUGCCACCUGUUGACAGUUAUCCAUCGAAUAACUCGCGGGCUGAUUCGUUUCCACCAGGACAAGUUCCGCCAACCAGUCAGUUCAGCGUUCGCUCACAGAGUUCAGCGGGAAAUAGAUUUCCGUUUGGUCAACAGUUUGAUAGACCGGAAAGAUUUGACCAACAGUCACCAACACAUCCUGGUCAACAGUUUCGCCCGACGGUACAGCCCGGCCAGGAUCCUAUGUAUUCUGGUCCGUACAGUAACCAGCCCAUACGGCCACCGCAGGAACCGUUCACCAGCUCGCAGUCAUUUCCUCCAGGGCAGGUCCCUGGUUACCCUGGUCCACGACCAGGCAUCAGCCAAGAUGUCUACCCUGGCUACGGUGCCCAGCCGGGCUCGUAUCCCGUGCCGAGGCCGUCGAUGAACCGGGAGAUGUCUUCUGGAGUUUAUGGAACACCCAGUAAGCGAUAUCCAGACAUGGAGCAUAUACCACCAGCAUUUACUCAACAAUCGCCUUACGUGGAGAGGCCAGGCCCUGGUCAUGUGACCUAUGCAUCCCACCAUGAAGGUUACAUGAUGCAAUAUGAUGAUGCUCGUCGAGACAUGAACCAAUGGUCACCUAUGUCCCAGCGGUACCCUAAUCAACCGGGUGCCCCAAACUUCCUGGGCUCCAGCUUGAGUGGGAUGCCGCCUGGAGCCCCUGGUACACCCCCCAUGGGACCAUAUGGUCGCAUGGCACAGAGAGCGUCCCCCCAAGCCAGAGAUAAGCAGUACAUGCACUCUUCAAAACCUCAGCAGAAGCCGGGUACAAUGAUUGCUAAUGCUCAGUUCCCUCCUAAGAAGGAGAUAGUGUUCCCUCUUGACAGCGUUGAGGCCGUCCAGCCACUGCUUGCUAAACGGCGACGGCUAACCAGCAAAGACAUAGGCUCCAUAGAAGCCUGGAGACUGAUGAUGGCCCUGAAGUCGGGUCUGCUGGCCGAGAGUACAUGGGCUCUUGACACUCUUAACAUCCUGUUGUUUGACGACUCCACUGUCAGCUACUUCAGCCUGACGCACCUGCCAGGCCUGCUUGAGGUGCUACUCGAGCACUUCAGGCGAACUCUGAUCGAAAUGUUCGGCAUUUGUGAAGACAUAGAGAUCGGGUACGAGGACAGGCAGAAACUUCUGAAGGGAGAUGUUCCCAAAGAGUGUGAGGAACCCAUGGUGCUGGGCACGGACGACAGUCUGGGUAACUACACGAGCGUGACGAGGGAUGGGAAGAGCGUGAAAGUGGAAGACAACACGAGGGAUAACUGGGUCGAGGACGACAAGAAGUGGGAUCUGUAUUCGGGUUACAUGGGCCGCAAACAACACUGGGGUCUCGGUGGUGGGGACAUCACAGACCACAUAUGCACACAUUUCAAAAACGGUGCCACUCACGAACUGCUAAGCGAGCUCUUUUCGAAAAAACGGAGAACAAAGUGCAAAAGUGAUACGGAUAAAGAUUAUUCUGAGGCGAGAAGAGGAGGAGGAGGUCGUCAUUCUGAAAGUUGUGAAGAGGACAUGGAUGUGUCUGCUGCUGAUAUUAGUUUGGAUGGGGAGGGUCAAAUCUCAGUGAAAAAGGAACAUGGUGUGUGUGAAUCCUCGACUUGCGAGGAAACUAAGGUUCGAAAUAACUUUAUUAAGACAGUGCAGAUCAAAAUAGAACCAAGAGACCCUGCACUGUAUCAAAGUGGUCCAAGUAACACUAGUAGAAUUUCAGACGUUUUGAAAGAACCUGUCAUUGACUCUGAUGACAGUCCAGUGAAAAGUAACUCUAGUGUGAAUUCGGUAAACUGUGAAAAUUUAAAUAAUAGUGAGAACUGUUUGGAAAAACAUGACGGUUUAGAAAAGCAUGAGAAUUUGGAAAACAGUGAGAAAAAAGUGGAAAAACCACCAAGUAUUUCCAAUGGACCAGUAGACUCUCCAAUUGAUUUUACUGUGCAGAAAGACAAAGUGACUAUAAAGGAAGAAAAUAUCGACAAUUGCCAAGAAAAUUCCCCUUCAAAGGAACAAUCGACCAUAUCAGAAAAUGGGGUCGAGGAAAGUAUAAAAUGUGAUACCAAUGGAAAUGGUUCCAUUGAUGAAAUCAGUUCCCCAUCUGAGCAUGAACAAGACUUGUCACAGGAGGUAGAUCACAAAGAUUUCUCUGCGUCACCACCAGUAACAGAUGAAAGCCCAGAGGUGUGUGCUCCUGCUGCCGAGAAGGGAUUAACAGAAACAUCAGCUGAUCAAAGUAUAUCUGAGAUCUCUGACGUGAGCCUGAUUCUAGUGGACGGUGAUUUGGAAGAAGAGGCGUACCAGCACGACGAACCACCUCUGUCACUGACCUCCGAAUCGCAAGAAGAACUGGGCAGGCGCUGUGUCUGCAUCUCCAACAUCUUUCGCAGCCUGUCUUGCAUCCCCGGCAACGAUAGUGAGAUGUCCCAGCACCCAUCUUUCAUGAACAUAUUUGGAAGGCUGUUGCUGCUUCAUCAUAAACACCUACCUCGGGCGAAGGCUCACAAGUUUGAAAAAGACGACACGGAAUCAUCAGAAGAGCUGAACGAAGUCUGCGAGGACAAUGGUGAGUGGUACUGGAGCUACUUGGAGGAACUGCGGGAGAACACGUUGGUGAUAUUCGCAAACAUUUGUGGCCAUCUCAACCUGUCCAUGUAUCCUGAAGAAAUCUGUUUCCCCAUGUUGGACGGAUUGCUCCACUGGGCAGUGUGUCCAGCAUCCUGUGCCCGGGACCCUCUGCCCACCAUGUCUUCUAUAUCCGUCCUGUCGCCCCAACGGCUUGUUCUCGAAGCCCUGUGUAAGUUGUGCAUCUACGACUCAAAUGUAGACCUCCUGCUGGCAACGCCACCAUUUGAGCGGAUUGUCGAACUGUUUAUGUGUUUGUCGAAACUUUUAGCAAAUAGGAAAGAACAGGUUCCAAGAGAGUUCGCAAUAGUACUACUGUCACAACUAGUCCAAGGCGACAGCAGUGCGGCGAGAGCCAUCGCUCUACAACACCCGUGUAUAUCUCUCCUUGUAGACUUUCUAGAGACUGCAGAACAAAACGCCCUACAGGUGGCCAAUUCACAGGGAAUAAACGCUCUGCAGAAUAAUCCUGAAAUCAUGGGAACUAGUCUUGACAUGCUCAGAAGAUCUGCCAUGAUUCUGUUACACUUAGCACGUAUUCCCGAGAAUAGGUCACUCUUCGUUCAUCAGCAGGGUCGCUUGUUAUCAUUGGUCAUGAGUCAAAUUUUAGAUCAGACUGUUGCCAACAUUUUGUCCGAUGUUUUGUACGAGUGCUCACAUUGAUCUAGAGCUUGGGACGGGCUCCUGAGAGGAAAAAAAAUAUACCAUAUCACUUUGCUGAAAGAUGUUUCAAUAUGGCAUGUGCACCUUUAUUCAUCACCAAAACAUUAAAAACGUUUUAUUAAAUUACAGAUUUUCCCCAUUGACAUACAAUGUAUGUAGUAACACUAGUACAGGUCAUUUUAUCACAGAGUUCAUAAUUUUGUUACUCAUGCCAUUUUUCAUUGGUUGCCUUUGAUCAUGGAUCAUUUGAUUGGGUGGUGAUAUCGACAGCCAGAAAAGAUGUGAUGAUUUUUUUUCAGAUUAUCAUUUUCAGAUUCCAUUCCAUUUCAACUGGAAUGUAGUAUGAUUGGAUGAAAUUUGUAAAAGAAAAUGUUGAAAUAAUUCUUCCUUGUGUUUGUACAGUAUAUAUGUAGAUAAUUUCAUGCCACAAUUUAUUAAAAUAAAAGUUUUUUUUUGUGAUUUCACUGUAUACUUUUAAGUGUUGUUGAGAUCAGUGCAGUAUUCAUAUACGCAGUCAUACUGCAUCAGUGAUCCGUGGCUGUAUUUAGAUUUGUUUGUACGUGUUGGUUACUGAAUAUCAAUUCAUGUUAUUGUGAAAGGCUUUAUACCCAUUGUCAAAAAACAACAACUAAAAACAAAUAAAUUAUUACAUUACACUUCUUGGAUCAUUCUCAACUUACAUGCAUGUAGAUAACAAUGAACAUAUAUGUAUCAAAAUCAUUUGUUUCAUAAAAAUUCUGAUAUUUU